GCAUCAAGCUGUAUGUGAUGUACCCGGCGUUGUGGAUUACAACUCGAAACUACCUUGCCACAGAUCCCCGGUAUCGUGAAAAAGAUGCUAAGAUUUCAUGUAACACGGAACAAACAGAGGAUCAGUGGCUAAGAAAUAUAACAGAAGCUGCAGAGCAGGAAAUAUGUGAUACUAUAAAUGCAGAGGAAAACUAUGCUAAGAUUUCAUGUAACAUGGAACAAACAGAGGAUCAGUGGCUAAGAAAUGUCGAACCAUCAGAGCAGGAAAUUUGUGGCAAUAUAAGUACAGGUGAAUUCACAAACUGCACUAAUCCUAGCCAUGAUCAGAGUGCAGAUGUUUCUUUACAUUUUCUUCAACAUCAAAGAAGCCAAUGUUCUGAAUGUGGGAAAUGUUUUCUUAAAAAAUCACAUCUUUAUAAACAUCUAAAAAUUCAUACAGGACAAAAGCCAUUUUCCUGUCCUAUAUGUGGGAAAUGUUUUAACCGUAAAAAAAAUCUUGUUGCUCAUCGGAAAAUUCAUACAGGAGAAAAAGGAUUUUCAUGUUUUGACUGUGGAAAAAGUUUUAAUCAGAAAUCUCAUCUUAUUAGGCAUCAUAAAAUUCAUACAGGGGAGAAAGCAUUUUCAUGUUCUGACUGUGGGAAAUGUUUUAAUCAGAAAUCGAAUCUUAUUACACAUCAGAAAAUUCAUACAGGGGAGAAAGCAUUUUCAUGUUCUGACUGCGGGAAAUGUUUUAAUCAGAAAUCAACUCUUUAUACACAUCAGAAAAUUCAUACAGGGGAGAAAGGAUUUUCAUGUUCUGACUGUGGAAAAUGUUUUACUCUGAAAUCAUCUCUUAUUAAUCAUCAGAAAACUCAUAUAGAAGAGAAAGAAUUUUCAUGUUCUGACUGUGGGAAAUGUUUUACUCAGAAAUCAAAUCUUAUUACACAUCAGAAACGUCAUACAGGGGAGAAAGCAUUUUCAUGUUCUGACUGUGGGAAACGUUUUACUCUGAAAUCAAAUCUUAUUAGGCAUCAGAAAACUCAUAUUAAAAUAAAUCAAGUUUAACCUAAGUGCAGAGAGUAAUAAGUAGUUGUCACCCACACAAUACCAAGUUUGUUGUUGAUGACUGCAUGUGACCUGGGGCACACAGUUUUAGAGCUGUUUUAGACCCCUUCUACACCUCAAGCAUUUAUGAAGUGACCCCCAGGGUGGAUGUGAUUUAAAUCAAAUAGAUUUAACUCAUGAUUUAAAUCACUAGUCAGUAAGACUGAUUUAAAUUAUGGUUUUCAUUUUUAGAAUGUUUUCAGAUUAUGUUUUCCAGUUAUACCAGACCAUUAGUAAAUUGUUUAUAUAUAAUUAGAUAUGCAUAGAUAGAUCAUUGAAAUUAACAAAAUUAUUUGGAGAUGAACUAUCUCUAGUUUAAUUGGUUAAUCCUUCAUAUUUGAUCAACUUUUCACCUGUACUUUAUUGGAAGGAUAAAAAUGAUUAAGUUAAUAAUAACAAUAGAAAUAGUUUUAUUUUACUAAAACAAUAACAUUAUUUUUUUUUGUAAUGGUUGCCCCUCCCUCCUCACACUUAGGUCCUUGUACAGAUCUAUUCCACUCCAAACAAUCUUCUAUUCAGUGAGCUUCUUGAAACUUAGUAUGGGUUGAUUCUGUGUACAUAGAUUUGCAGGGGAGCAAUGGCAUUAAAGGAAAGUAAAAAUUAAACUUUCACUCCCUCCCUUAAUAUGAAACCACCUUUUCCAAUCCCAUUUCCCCUACUCCCCUUUUUUUUUUCUUUUUUUUUUUCCCCUCUUUAUAACUCAGCACAACCUGGAAAAGACUAAUCUAACGAUCUAUAUUUACAUACACAAUGGGUACAUUAUGUUGUUGGUAAUGACAGCUCUCCCAUGGCCUCAUGCCAAAUGUGUAUACUGCUGUUUCAUCCAAAUAAAUAGAUAGCAAAUUAUUCUUUUAUAUAAGUUGGAUCUGCUACGAUCCCUUCUAGUUGGUCCGAGGGGGCCUUGUACACUCAUGGACACUGGAUUAUACUAAUUUGCAUAUCCCCUCCUCUGAAUGUACCUAUUAUGUAAAAUGUAAUAUAUUGAAAUUGUUAUACUAUUUACCGAUGUUAUCUACAAAUUUGCUCUUGUUGUUAUUAUUGACACUUCUCUGAAUAAAAAACUAUUUAAAAAAAAAAAAUUAAA